GAGGUUUGUGGUAACCAAGGACAAUGUGGCCCUGAUGUACCACGCGCCGGGCAAGACCCGGGAAUUCAACCCCUUCGUCCUGGACAAGACCUACUUCGGCCCCUAUGAUGAGACCACCUGCAUCGACUGGACUGACGACUCAAAAUGUUUUGUGGUGGGGAGCCAGGAUGCUAGUAGCUGGGUGUUUGGGGCUGAGCGCUGGCUGAACCUCGUGUACUACGCUGUGGAAGGUCACAAGGAUUCCAUCACCGCCUGCUUCUUCGAGCACAACAGCCUAGACUUGUACACACUGAGCCGGGAUGCAGUGCUGUGUGUGUGGGUGUGCGACACACAGUUGUCUGGACUCAUACCUCCGGCCCUGCGGGAGGGAGGGGGUGAUGGAGUGGAGGAGUCGGUGGGGGAGCAGGUCCGUGGCCGGGUGGAGACGGAGCGGGAACGAGUCGGCAAGGUCCAAUACAGACGAACGGCAAAACAUUUCUUCAACAAGGAGAAGGACUUCAACGAGCUGACGGCUGCCGCUUACCACAAAACCUCCCACCUGCUGGUCACCGGCUUUGCUUCCGGGAUAUUCCAUCUGCACGAGCUUCCAGAUUUCAACCUCGUCCACUCCCUCUGUAUUUCAGACCAGAGAAUCGCCUCCAUCUCCAUCAACACCUCAGGAGACUGGAUCGCAUUCGGCUGUGCAGGCCUCGGCCAGCUGUUAGUGUGGGAGUGGCAGAGCGAGUCCUAUGUGCUCAAACAGCAAGGUCACUUCAACAACCUGACGUGUCUGUCCUACUCACCCGAUGCCCAGCACAUAGCCACCGGUGGAGAGGAUGGCAAGGUGAAGGUAUGGAGCACCAGUAGUGGUUUCUGUUUUGUGACGUUCACUGAACACUCGAGCAGUGUGACGGCUGUCACCUUCAACCACACCGGCUACGUGUUGGUUAGCGCCUCCCUGGACGGGACCGUCCGAGCCUUUGACCUGCACCGGUAUCGCAACUUCCGAACCUUCACGUCGCCGCAGCCCACCCAGUUCUGCUGCCUGGCUGUGGACUCCAGUGGGGAGCUGGUGUGUGCCGGCUCACAGGACUCCUUCCAGAUCUUUGUGUGGUCGAUGCAGACCGGCCGCCUUCUUGAUGUAAUGUCUGGCCACGAGGCCCCGGUCAGUGGGCUGGCGUUCAGCCCCCAGCAGGGCCUGCUGGCCAGCGCCUCCUGGGACCACACCGUGCGGCUCUGGGAGAUGUUUGACAGCUGGAAAUCCCAGGAGACCCUCAACCUAAACGCAGAGGCUCUGACGGUGACGUUUCGGCCUGACGGGCGGGAGCUGGCGGUGGCCACGCUGGACGGACAGAUCACCUUCUGGGAGCCGCGCAAUGCGGUGCAGACCGGCUCCAUCGAAACCCGGCAUGACCUGAAGGUGGGGCGGCGGCAACUGGACAAGAUCACGGCAAAACAGGCGGCUAAGGGCAAGGCCGUGUCUACGCUGUGUUACUCUGCGGACGGCAGCAGCGUGCUCGCGGGCGGUCACUCUCGCUUUGUCUGUGUUUACAACGUCCGCGAGCAGAUCCUCAUGAAAAAAUUUGAGAUUUCCUGCAACCUAUCGCUGGACGCCAUGGAGGAGUGGCUGGACCGUAGAAAGAUGACGGACUUCGGCAGCACAGCCCUGAUCGACGAUGGUGCUGAUGAUGAGGAGGGCGUUGCGAUCAGUCUGCCUGGAGUCAGGACAGGUACAGGCCUCAGUUAGUG